AUGGCCCCACUUCACCUUCCCCUCCCCGUGAGCCUGAGCUCGCUACUCAAGCUUCUCCUCCCCUUCGCAGCACUCGUGCUCUGCAUCAUCACCUUCCUCGACAUAUCCGUUUCCCUCGAGAUAUACCGCAAGUCCUGGAUAGCGAGGGAAGUGCAGCACAUCGAGCCACUCACUGGAUGCUUCAACCCCCAAAACCUCUCUCCGGCAUACAACCUCACCCUCGCGCGCGGGCCGAAGUACUACGAAGUGCACGCGGGAACACCGAUGCGCCUCGGUCUAGACUGCUACGAUUUCGCCGGCACAGUCGGGCCCGAAGUGAGGAACUGGAUCGAGGGGAGGACGUAUUACCACAUGUACUGGCGUGCGGAUCUCCUCCCGUUUGCUGAGAGGCAGGUAUGGACACUUCGGAGCUUCUUCGCCACGCAGGACAUUUCCCGGUCUACCCUUAUCCUGUGGAGCAAUGGCGACCUAAGUCAGAACAGGGAUAUCGCGACGUUCCUACACACUUACCCGGAUGCGUUCCAAGUUCGCAUGAUCGACAUCGAGGAGCUCGCACGCGGGACAGCGCUGGACGGCAGCCCGAUGCUCGCCCGUGCGGGUAAGGACAGGCGCGCAUGGGUGGAUGGGGAUCUUGUUCGACUCCUCGUGGUGUGGUACUAUGGUGGUGUGUGGGUGGACAUGGACAGCCUGCUUACGCGGGAUCUUGCCCCUUUGCUGGAACACGAGUUUGUCGUCCAAUGGGACUGUUACGACAAGAAAUUCAUGCCCCUAAAUGGUGCGAUCCUGCACUUUCAGCAGCACUCGCCCUACCUAUGCGAAGCCUUCCACAUCAUGGCCACCGGUCCACCCCCUCAGCCGAACAGCAUCGACUGGGGCUCAAGGCUGUACCACAAGCUCUGGCGAAGGCUGCUCGCUGCCGGUAUCGAGCCAUUCAAGAUCCUCCCUUGGUGCUUCAUUGAUGGCUCGAACUGCGGGUACGAGAACUCGCUGCCCGACCCGCUGGCGAAAGACGGCAAGUUCUGGGGCGAGGGGAGGACGUAUGAGGAGGGAGGAGAGCUGGAUAAGAUCCUCACCCGGAAAGUGUUUAGCGUGCAUGUGCAUAAUCGUUGGGAUAAGGAGUACCCGAAGGGGGGUUGGGUGGAGAGGCUCUUGUUGAGGGGGUAUCAGGCGCGUUUGGGGGAGUUAUAG